CGAGCGACCCCGUCGGCCCCGAGCACCGCACCCAGAGCCCAUAAUCCAGAGCCAGCACCUCUCACACAACGCCGCCGUUUCCGUGUGGCCCUCUGAACCGGCACCAUGGAGUUUACAUCGCAGAGAGUCGACAAAACAACCACCAAGUUUGCCCCAAAGCUCAAACCAAAGGCGCCUGUCAAGAAACCUGCAGCCUCGCCACGCCUGACGCCUGCAACUCCCGGAAAUGCAGGCACUCCGUUGGUCGAGUCGCUGCCUCCUGCGUCGCAAGAAUCGGUCCUGCCGACAUUGUCGACACAGCCUGACCUGCCUCCGACACCGCUGACUCUUCCAAGCAUAACGAUCACCGCCCCGCCUCACGGUGCUGCCAGCGAUGUCCAAAAGUCGCCCCGAAAGACAUCGCCGCUGCGGAAUCGAGCGCCGUCGCCUCCCAAGCUUGUUAUUCCGCCACCCGCAUCGCCCACCCGGAUCUCGGACGGCUUUGCGGCUUCUCAAGAAAGCAUGAUUCUCGUCAGCCCCCGCCCCAGCGAUGAUCGAUCCUCAAAAGCGUCGCAAACUCAGCCAGGACGAACCGGUACAGCGCACGAAAGCGAGACCAAACUCCCAACAUCUCCGUCGCAGUCACAAGCCAAGAAGAAUGUGAGUCGUGUAUAGCCCGAGGCCGACAUCCGUGAGAUCGUUACAUGGAACCGAUCGAUAAGUGCGUCAGCGGCCCUGUUAUGACCUGUCGAUGCUGUGCCAUCUCUUCAGGUU